AUGUUCGUUCUUCCAAAGCUUCGUACUUCCGGAGAUUCAUUCUUCCGAAGAUUCGUCACUUCUAUGGCUUAUGUAAAGAUGGUUUGUUUUAGGUACCCGGUAGCUGUCAUGUCUGUGGUCCUAUUGGCUCUUCUUCGUCACGUGACGGCAUCCUUUCCACUACUCUGUGGUCAAGAACUGGUCAAGGCUGUUGCAGCGGUGUGCAAUGAUCGCGGUUACUACGGUCAGCCAAGCAAAAGAUCAGCUGGUAUAUUUGAGUUGGAGACGCGGGCCAAGACAUUUCUGAAGUCCGGGAUAUCGAGAGGCGAGACUCGUCGGUCCAAACGAGGAGCAAGAACAGGUCUCAUCGUAACAGAAUGCUGUCUCAACCGAUGUUCCGUCUCACACCUGGAAAGCUAUUGCAAUCCACUGCCCCCGGAUGCAGUACACGAUGCGGAGGUGCACAUACGACUGGAGAAGUCCGCUGAGGAGGAUGCUGACGAAGGGCGCCCUCAAGAUGGCCCAAGUCAACUGGACACAGCUACAGGAACGGUCCCUGAGACUGAAAUGUCGGAGACGCGAGGUCGGGUUCGAAUCGAUGCAGUCGAGAAAGUAUUAUCUGAAAGACUGAUUCCGACAUCGACAACGGGAUCAUCUCCGUCGCCAUCGAGGAAGAAACCUAGAAAAGACAAGAGCGAGAGAAGGAACUCAUCCAGGGAAGCAAAACAAGCUAGGAGAGAGGAGAGGAGAAGGAAUAGAGAAAGGAGCUCCGGUGGCAGGUCACGGAAUGGACGUCGGAAAGACAAGGACAAUGAUCGCGCUUCCAGAGCCAAACGACACGGCUUGAAUUUGUGGAGGAACAUGUUUUCGGACAAGUUUUUCAGUGACAUCCCAGGCCUCGAAAAUCAACCGAACCUUCACCCAGUAAACGGAAGAGCGCCAUCUUCGACCACCAUAGACACAUUUCAGAUGAAAUCUUCGAUCCCAAUACAAGAUUCUCCAGAAGGCAACGGAAAAGAGAACUUUGAACAAUCAUCUAUAAACCAGGAAGCCGAUAAAAAGAUGCGAUUUUCUGCUCUAAUGACAAAGUUGAGAACGAUGGUUUUAAAAUUUCCGAAAGAUAGGUGAGAGGAGCUCCAUUUCGUCAUAUAUAUUUUAUUUAAGUUUAGAGAAUAAAUGUAUGUUGAGAGCUGGAAGGUUGUUACCCAAGGUAGCUUCUAAUUUGGCACAAUUAGAAGGUCAUGAAUAUGCACGCGCGGUUAAGAAUAUGAAUAUUCAUCAAACUGGCACGACAUCAUCACAUGCAUAUUCAUGACCUCCAUCUCUACAGUCAUGUAGAUGUGCCCAAUGAGAGGCUACCGUAUCGAAAUAUAUGAGUUGACACCCUUGUAGCACUCUGCAUGUGUCUUCGAAGUUAUUUAUUUAAAAUAAACAUGCUUUGAUUGGUCAAAUUCAAAGUUAUGCUCUCGCUUUCAUAUAUGAAAAAGUUUGUUUUGUUUUUGCUAUGAAAAAAAUGAAAGGUACUAUUCAAAAUAUUUGUCGUAAAAUAUGCAUAAAUCUAUUUGAAAACAUUUAAAAAAAGAAAAAAAAAUACGUGGAAUUUAUCUUGGCGAAAAAACACUAAGUCGUUGGUUGUGGAUAUACAACUAGGAACGUUUCUGCAGCAUGUUUAUCAUAAAUGUGUAACUGUUCACCCGAGUAUGGCAGUGCUCAGCAUUUUGAGAAAGAAGUUAUAAAAUGCUAGAUAGAUGAUUAACUAAUCGUAAAAGAGUAUGUUGGGUAAUUUGCGUUAAAUAUCUU